CUUUAUUCCGGCCGCUCCUCUGGCCGCAGGCGCGCCGCGCGUCGGGUGCUCAGUAUGUGGCGUUUUCCGUGUUCGGUAUAUCUGCGAGUUACCAAGAGAAGCAAGGUCUCAGAACUUUGGAACAGGCCUGUCGCCUUCAUGUCGACGCUGCUGAUCAGUCAACCCCAGUAUGCUUGGCUGAAGGAGCUGGGGCUCCGCGAGGAAAACGAGGGCGUGUAUAAUGGAAGCUGGGGAGGCCGGGGAGAGGUUAUUACAACCUAUUGUCCUGCUAACAAUGAACCAAUAGCAAGAGUCCGACAGGCUAGUGUGGCAGACUAUGAAGAAACUGUAAAGAAAGCAAGAGAAGCAUGGAAAAUAUGGGCGGAUAUACCUGCUCCAAAGCGAGGAGAAAUAGUAAGACAGAUUGGUGAUGCCUUGCGGGAGAAGAUCCAAGUGCUAGGAAAUUUGGUGUCUUUGGAGAUGGGGAAAAUCUUAGUGGAAGGUGUGGGAGAAGUUCAAGAGUAUGUGGAUAUUUGUGAUUUUGCUGUUGGCUUAUCGAGGAUGAUUGGGGGACCCAUCCUGCCUUCUGAAAGACCUGGCCAUGCACUUAUUGAACAGUGGAAUCCCUUAGGCCUGGUUGGAAUCAUUACUGCGUUCAACUUCCCUGUGGCAGUGUAUGGCUGGAACAAUGCGAUUGCAAUGAUCUGUGGGAACGCCUGCCUCUGGAAAGGUGCUCCAACAACUUCCCUCAUUAGUGUAGCUGUCACAAAGAUAAUUGCAAAGGUUUUGGAGGACAACAAACUGCCAGGUGCAAUUUGUUCCUUGACUUGUGGUGGAGCAGAUAUUGGCACAGCAAUGGCCAAAGAUGAGCGGGUGAACCUGCUGUCCUUCACCGGGAGCACUCAAGUGGGGAAACAGGUGUCUGUUAUGGUGCAGGAGAGGUUUGGGAGAAGUUUAUUAGAGCUUGGUGGAAACAAUGCCAUUAUUGCUUUUGAGGAUGCAGACCUCAGCUUAGUCAUUCCAUCAGCUCUCUUUGCGGCCGUGGGGACAGCUGGCCAGAGGUGUACGACUGCAAGGCGGCUGUUUUUACAUGAAAACAUCCAUGAUGAAGUUGUAAAUAAAUUAAAAAAGGCUUAUGCACAGAUCCGUGUCGGGAACCCAUGGGACUCUAAUGUUCUCUAUGGGCCACUACACACCAAACAGGCAGUGAGCAUGUUCCUUGGAGCAGUGGAAGAAGCAAAGAAAGAAGGUGGCACAGUGGUCUAUGGUGGCAAGGUGAUGGAUCGCCCUGGAAAUUACGUAGAACCAACAAUCGUGACAGGUCUUGCCCAUGAUGCAUCCAUUGCGCACACAGAGACCUUUGCCCCAAUUCUUUAUAUCUUUAAGUUCAAGAAUGAAGAAGAGGUCUUUGCAUGGAAUAAUGAAGUAAAACAGGGACUUUCAAGUAGCAUCUUUACCAAGGAUUUGGGCAGAAUCUUCCGCUGGCUUGGACCAAAAGGAUCUGACUGUGGUAUUGUAAACGUCAAUAUUCCAACAAGUGGGGCUGAGAUCGGAGGUGCAUUUGGAGGUGAAAAGCAUACUGGUGGUGGCAGGGAGUCUGGCAGUGAUGCCUGGAAACAGUACAUGAGAAGAUCUACUUGUACCAUCAACUACAGUAAAGACCUUCCUCUGGCCCAAGGAAUCAAAUUUCAGUAAAGAUAUUUUAGAUUCACAUUACAUCAAGUCUUUUAGGCAUUCUUGAAGCUAUUCCUUCUAGGGAAGAUGACAACCAAAAGAUUUGCCCUGAAUAAAUAAACCAUUUUGUAUGUGACAGUGCCUAAUUUCCUAUGCCCCCUAGGUCCUGCCUAAAUCAAGAGACUCAUUUAAAAAAAAAAAAAAAAAAGAAAGAAAGAAAAUUGUCAUAACAGCCAUUUUUAGUAAAAGAUGGG